AUGACGAGCGACGCAUCUUCCACAGCGGAGAGUAGUUUCCAUACCAAGGAAAUGGCGACUGCGCUCGGAGAGAUCAACCCCGACCCGCCUCGAAAGCCCCAGACUUCAUCAUCUCCUACCAAAUCGAAGGCGACAUCAGCACUUCGAGCGAAGCAAGAGACGCGCAAGUUCCGCGGGACUUCCACCCCCGAUCCGGCGCUUGACAUCGACAUGGACGAGUUCACAACCUUCACACAGUACCUGCGAUCAUCGAAACGCGUUCUAGCCCUCGUGGGUGCUGGUUUGUCGGUUGCUUCGGGGCUUUCGACAUUUCGCGGCGAUGAUAGAAGAUGGAGAGGUAUAGAACCUCAGGAGCUUUCGAAUGUCGAGGCUCUGGUGCAAGACCCGGUGAAGGUAUGGUGGUUCUUCAGCGAUCGGAUGAAGCGUGCACAAGAGGCAAACCCGAACCGGGGCCAUAUCGCGCUUGCGAGGCUCGCAAAGGAGAAGAGUGGGUUCUUCGCAAUCAAUCAAAACAUUGAUGGCCUGUGUCAACGAGCCGGCAUACCCAACGAGCAGAUUGCGCAAGUACACGGCACCCUGUUCGAGAUGAAAUGCAGCAAAUACGCUUCAGACUCUAUCGACCAUUGCGACUACAAUACGCCCGUCUCCUACCCUGCCACCGAGGCGCUCACGAUCACAUCUGACAUCAGCGACGCGUCCGUCCCUCUGCCUUCUCUCGAUCAUACCCAGCUCCCUCAUUGCCCACGGUGCGACAGCCUCAUGCGACCGAGCGUCGUGCUCUUCGGUGAAAGCCUAUCGAGCAACCUCACCGAGACUAUACACACCUUCAUCACCUCUGCGCCUUUCGACCUGUUGCUGGUAAUCGGUACGAGUGGCGUCGUCCUUCCGGCGGCGAUGUAUAUACCCAAGGCUCGGAAUGCUGGUGCGAGGGUCGCAUAUUUCAAUAUGGAAGAGUAUCAUGACGAGCCUGGAUGCGUUUGGGCGGGCGACUGGAUGUUCAAAGGUGAUGCCGCGGUCAUGGUCCCUGAGCUCCUUAAAGGGAUCGUGGGAAAUGUCGGAAUCCUGAAAGCAUUCAAGAAGGCUUUGUGCGAUGUCGUCAGUGCAGCAGACAGCGCAGCGCGCCUGGACGCUACCGCCGGCGGUGUCAAAUAUCACCAAUCCUCUCGCGGUCGCUCUGGCAUUGUACCCAAUACAAGAGGUAAGGCAUACGCCCUAGUCUCGCUCCUGGUACCGGAAAGGCUCGUCACUCUUACUCAGCUCUGCCAAACUGUUCAUGGCCACAUUCGCAUGGACGAUGCGAGCGCAAAAGCCAAUCUUCUUUCCAAGACGCUGUGCUCCGGAUUCGGUUCGUUCGUCAGAAUGUCUACUCAUUGCCCCUGUCCAGCGAAGACAUUCCAUCCUGUGAUGGUUUGCUCGAAAGGUGGAUUUGGAACAGAGUCACACCCGUGUGUGGGAUGUGGUGUCAACACUUGCGACGAGUGCCGCAUCCAUGUUUUCUACAACUUCAUGACAGACGAUUCUGGGCUCGAUCAGCGUCGAUGGUGGGCAGGCUACUACUUCCUCAACCCCAUGGCUGUUGCAGUAUGUCCACCUAAGAACUCCGAUGGCAGCGCCUGGCAUCUACCUGUCAAGGAGAUGCUACCUCGCCAUGACCAGGGCCGCGUGCACAUUCCCCUAGCGAUCGGUGCUCUAGGCGAUCCCGAGCCGAUUGAGCCGAUUCUCGAUCUGAAUUUGGGUACCCACCAGUUCAUCAGUCCCCGUGGGCGUACACAAUUCCCCUACUCUGGCAAUAACAUCGUUUCGUUCCUCAGCCUGACUGUCAACAAGCGCAAAGACCUCGCAUGUCCUUCCUGUUACCUGGAACGCCAGAAUCAAGGUGUGGCGCCUUGUUCCUGCACCCUACGGAAGCGCUUCCUAGACCGAUGGUUGUGUAUGCACUGCUAUAUCGAGGAAGUAAAUGUUGAUGAACAGCUCCGCCGUCAUGUCGUGAAGGCAAACGAGGUCGGACAAGGCCACAUACAUGUGUGUGGCUGCGGAACGGAGUUCACACCAGAUAUCAUGCCAAAAGUCAUGUGCAACUGGUGCAAAGGCGAGAUCGCAGAGCUCGAGCAGGGCACUGAGGAUGACGUCACCAGUGAGAAUGCCGAAGACAACAGCGAAGAAGAAGAGGAACUCGAGAACGGAGAUGACGAGGAGGACCAUUCGGCGGCUGACUUUGCGGGUCUGCCUCUGGACGAGUUUGGCUACACUGAGAACCGCGACGGGUCUCUUUCGGUGUACGUGAACGGCGAGUGCAUCCGCGGAGAACGUUUGGGACGAGCUAUGAUCCGCCAGUGGAAGAGAAUCCAGGGUGAGCACGUUGAAUGUACUUGCUGUAUCUGCGACGAGAAGGACUCCAUGCAUGCUCACGCCGGGGACGAAUCAGGAGACGAGUACGAGGACGAGGACGAAGAUGGUCACGAUGACAUUGACGAUGAUCUACCAGAUCUGGAAGACGUCGAGUCAGCUGCUGGCUUCGAAGAUCCAUGGGGAUUGGACUAA